CUUUCACUUUCACUUUCACUUCCCACUUGCCGUGUGUAAAGACUACGGCCCACUCACGAGCCACUCUCUCUCUCCUCUAUAUCUCUCUAUAUCUCUCUCCCUCCUCUAUCUCUCUCUCCCUCUUCCUGUAUUUCUUUUCUCGUGUGCAGAUCUCACAUCCCAAACUCAAAACACAUCGAAGCAAUUAAGGAACUAAAUCUGCGUAAAAGCAAUGGAGUCCAUUGCCAGGCUCACCAGCUUCGCCGUUUCGCUUCUCUUCUUACUCUCUUGCUUAUCUUUCACUUCCACAGAAGCGUAUGAUGCACUUGAUCCAACUGGGAACAUCACUAUCAAAUGGGAUGUGAUGAGCUGGACUCCUGAUGGCUAUGUUGCUGUUGUUACAAUGUAUAACUUCCAGCAGUAUCGCCACAUACAAGCUCCGGGUUGGACAUUGGGGUGGACAUGGGCGAAGAAGGAAGUAAUUUGGAGCAUGGUGGGAGCACAAACCACGGAGCAAGGUGAUUGUUCGAGAUUCAAAGGGAACGUCCCGCAUUGCUGUAAGAAGGAUCCGACAGUUGUUGAUUUGUUGCCGGGAACUGCUUACAACCAACAGAUUGCAAAUUGCUGCAAAGGGGGAGUCCUCAACUCUUGGGUCCAGGAUCCAGCCAACGCCGCAAGCUCGUUCCAGAUCAGUGUGGGUGCUGCGGGGACAACUAACAAAACUGUCAAGUUGCCGAAGAAUUUCACGCUCAAAGCACCAGGGCCUGGCUACACUUGUGGACCCGCUAAGAUCGUAAGAGCGACUAAAUUUAUCACUGCAGAUAAGAGGAGAGUCACCCAAGCUUUGAUGACUUGGAAUGUUACUUGCACAUAUUCACAAUUCCUGGCUCAAAAGACUCCCACAUGUUGUGUUUCUCUCUCUUCCUUCUACAAUGACACAAUAGUCAACUGUCCGACCUGCACCUGCGGCUGCAAGAGCAAUAGUACGGACUCUGAGAGUUGCGUAAAUCCAAACCACCCCCAUUUAGCUUCAGCUGUAUCAGGUUCUGGAAAAUCAAAUAUUAAUACACCUCUGGUCCAGUGUACUAGCCACAUGUGUCCAGUUCGAAUCCAUUGGCAUGUUAAGAUCAAUUACAAGGAGUACUGGCGAGUGAAAGUCUCCAUUACAAAUUUCAAUUACAGAAUGAACUACUCCCAGUGGAAUCUCGUUGCGCAACACCCCAAUUUUGACAAUCUUACCCAGAUUUUCAGCUUUAACUACAAGUCUUUAACUCCUUAUGCAGGCUUAAAUGAUACUGCCAUGAUGUGGGGAGUUAAGUUUUACAAUGAUUUCCUCAAUGAAGCCGGGCCCCUUGGAAAUGUGCAGUCCGAGCUUCUAUUCAGAAAAGACAAAUCAACUUUUACUUUUGAAAAAGGAUGGGCUUUCCCUCGAAGAAUCUAUUUCAACGGUGAUAAUUGUGUCAUGCCACCCCCGGAUUCUUACCCAUGGUUGCCCAAUGCUGGUCCCCCGAAAAUGGCAUCCCUCCUUCGUCUUGCCAUGACCGUCCUGGCAUCUUUUGUAUUCUUAGUUGCUUAUGCAUAAGUGAGUUGAGACUGCAAUGAGCAACAAAAGCCGUCUUCUCCUCGAGGAAAUUCCACAAACUCUGUGUGGUUACGAAAGCUCAUGGCAAUCCAGAAGUUUGGAUCAAAUGUAUUAGUGCUGUGACCUCAAUGCUAAAGAAGUGAUUCAGGUGCACUAUGGCUUGUCAGUAGAAAACUCAGCUUCUUAAUCUGUUAUGUGUAUGAAGAUUCAACUUUUACUUCCAUUUUCUUUUUAUUUUUUAUUUUUUAUUUUUAUGUUUAGAUCUAGUUUUGCACGGUUAAUAAUUCAUAAUUUAUACAAUUUUCCACUUUGUUCACUUGUCGGUAGAAUAUUCACAAUGAAAAU